AUGACAGCCACAACUCAUCCCGAGUUCAACGAUAAGACUGAAGCUUUAGAAGUUGCAAGUGCAUUCGCGGAACGGAUUCGUGGUAAAACUAUUCUCGUUACGGGCGUUAACCGGGGAGGGAUUGGAUAUACGACGGCGGAAGCUUUUGCCUCCCAGUCCCCAGCCCACAUCAUCAUUGCCGGCCGCAACGAAUCCAAGCUCAAAGAAAGCAUCUCCGCCCUCCAUGCCCAAUUCCCUAGCGUAGACUACCGGCCCCUCAAAGUCGACUUCUCGAGCCAAAAAUCCGUGCGGGCUGCUGCAGCCGAGGUAAUUUCCUCGUCUGAUGUUCCCAGUAUUGAUAUUAUCGUCAAUAAUGCCGGCAUAAUGCACUUGCCUGAACGAACGUUAAGUGAAGACGACAUCGAGAUGCAUUUCGCAACUAACCACAUCGGUCACUUCCUCCUAACCUGUUUGCUUGUGCCCAAACUCCUCAAAGCUAAAGGAGCGCGCGUCGUUAAUGUCAGCUCGGCGUCCCUCAUGUUGGCACAAGGGAUUCGGUGGAGCGACAUCCACUUCUCCAAGCCGAAUAAAGAUCUCCCUUUGGAAGAACAGCCCUUGUACGAAAUCCACCGCGCUUGGGGAGCAACGGGUGAUUUGGAAGAAAAGAGCUAUCUACCUCUGGAGGGGUACAACCAAAGCAAGAUCGCCAAUGUGCUUUUUGCAAUUGCAACCACCAAGAGACUGCAUGGACAUGGGGUCUUGAGCUUAGCAGUCCACCCCGGAGUCAUACAGACAGAGCUGACAAGGAACAUGGGUACAGAGACACUCAACGCCCUCGAUGAUUUGAUGAAAACAGGACUUUAUCAGUUUAGGACGACCGGAGCGGGAGCGGCGACUAGUCUCGUUGCUGCGCUGGAUCCGAAGUUGGGGGCUGGUGAGGUGAGGGGUGGGAAGGAGAACUAUGGGACCUUUUUGGCGGAUUGUCAGAUUAAUGAUGGUGGUAAUCCGAGGACGGUGUCAAGUGAGGAGGCGGAGAAGUUGUGGGCGUUGUCCGAGGAAUUGGUUAAGGAGAAGUUUGAAUGGCAAUAA